CACAGACUUCUGGGAGUUGAGGUCCAGGAGCUAUUUACCCAAGUUAGAGAUAAGGGCCUGAGGAAACAUGAAAAGAGUAAACAGCUGUGUGAAGAGCGACGAGCAUGUCUUGGAGGAGCUGGAAACAGAAGGGGAGAGGCAGCUGAAGAGCCUCCUUCAACAUCAGCUUGAUACUUCUGUCUCCAUUGAGGAAUGUGUCUCUAAGAAAGAGAGCUUUGCCCCUGGUACUAUGUACAAGCCCUUUGGGAAGGAAGCAGCCGGGACGAUGACUUUGUCCCAGUUCCAGACACUACAUGAAAAAGACCAGGAAACUGCUUCUCUCAGGGAACUAGGGCUCAAUGAAACAGAAAUCUUGAUCUGGAAAAGUCAUGUGUCAGGUGAAAAGAGGACAAGGGUGAAGGCAACUCCUGAAGCAAUCCAGAAUCGUCUUCAAGAUAUUGAAGAAAGGAUCUCAGAACGUCAGCGCAUCCUUUGCCUGCCACAGAGAUUUUCAAAGAGCAAACAGCUGACCCGGCGGGAAAUGGAAAUUGAAAAGUCUUUAUUUCAGGGAACCGACCGUCAUUCCUUCCUUAAGGCCCUUUAUUACCAAGCAUACCACAAAAAGACAAGUGCAGACAAGUACAUGACCUCAAUGAAGAGGAAGAUAAAAUUAGGCACAAAAGAUGAAUCCCCAAAGAAGAACAAAGGUGAUCCCAUGAACAACCUGGAAAGUUUUUACCAUGAGAUGAUAAUGAAAAAACGUCUUGAAGAGUUCCAACUUAUGAGAGGUGAACCCUUUGCUUCCCACUCACUGGUCUCAACUACGUCAGUGGGUGAUAGUGGCACAAUUGAGAACCCAUCACUACUCCAGGACAAGGGAAAACAGGCAGCACAGGGUAAAGGCCCCAGUCUCCAUGUGGCAAAAGUUACUGAUUUUUCACCUGAGCAGUGUUGGACUGGGCCUCAGAAGCUGACACAACCAGUAGAAUUUGUCCCAGAAGAUGAGAUCCAGAGAAAUCGUUUGUCAGAGGAGGAGAUCCGAAAAAUUCCUAUGUUUUCUUCAUAUAAUCCAGGGGAACCAAACAAGGUGUUAUACCUGAAGAACCUUAGUCCUCAAGCAACUGAAAGAGAUCUUGUCUCAUUGUUCGCUCGAUUCCAGGAGAAAAAAGGGCCUCUCAUUCAAUUCCAAAUGAUGACUGGACGAAUGAGGGGACAGGCUUUUAUCACCUUUCCCAAUAAGGAGGUUGCAUGCCAAGCAUUGCAUCAAAUAAAUGGAUAUAAACUACAUGGGAAAAUAUUGGUGAUAGAGUUUGGAAAAAAAAAGCAACAAUCAGAUCUUCAGAAUGCUUCUCUUAUAUCAUCUGUUACAGAUAGUAUUUCAAAAAUCAGUGGUACCUAGAAAUGCACACAGACACAUGCAUGGAUGAUCUUUCUUGUAUCAGAAUCUUGGAUCUAGGAUUGUGUAUAUAUAGAAAUUUAUUUGAAGUUGAAGGGGAAAAAUAUUAAAAAAUAAUUAAGACAAUGGCUCUCAGUGCUUGCAGGGAUUUGAUGGAAAAUAUUUUCUAUAAUCAGAGACUGCUAUAUAGAAUUGACAGUAUGCUAAGUGUUAUGGAUAUUAUCAUAGACUAUAUAGAAUAGACAAUAUCCUGAAUAUUAUGGUCAUAUUUAAAAAACUUUAAUUAUUUUCAGGCUAAAUUACAUGGGAUUAUUCCUGAAGAUAUUGUAGAAUAUUUACUAUUUUGGGGGAUCUUAAAUAUUUAGCCAUAGAGAUAACAUUCUUUCCAGGACUUCUUAUAUACAAAAAUUUAAAGCUAAUUCAGUGUUAAAAUAUUUAUUAGAACUCAUUUUGUUUUGUCAGAACUAUCAGCAGUAACUGUAUAUAAUUUCAUGACAGUCAACAUAUUUAAUGAUUGCUUCCCCACUAAUUUUUCAGAGUCUUCGAGAAAAUAUAUAUUUUUCUAAUGACAUCUUUUCUUUGUCUUUUUGAGACAGGGUCUCCCUGUAGCCCCAGCUGUCCUGGAACUAACUAUGUAGACCAGGCUGGCCUUGAACUCACAGAGAUCCACCUGCCUCUGCCUCCCGAGUGCUGGGAUUAAAGGCGUGUGCCACCACGCCCGGUUUUUAUGACAUCUUUUAAAACAAGUAUUGAUACUGUUGAAUAGCCAUUGAAUUCAAAGCAAUAGGCAUUAAAUAUACUGUUAAACACUGGGUACAUAAAGUUUCAAGAAGGAACAAACUAACAAAGAAUCCUAAAGAGACAAGGAGGGAAGCAAAACAAUCUGGCCCAAACCCCCUAGGUAUUUGUUAUGGUUGUGGAAGAAUAGAAAGAUAAUAUGGUGGAGAGAAAAUAGACGAGCUGUGGGGUCAGACCUGAGACCUUCAGAGUCACCCAUGUUUACCACGCUGAACUUGGAAAAAUCACUUAGGCAGAACUUCAAUUAUCCCAUCUCUAAAGUAAGAAUAAUAAUGCUAUUUACCUCAUUGGCUUGUAAGGAUUAAAUGACAUUAUAUUAUUCCUGGUAAGAAACGGGGGGAAAAAAGAAUGAAGGAAAUGUUGGACUUGGACCACCACUGAAUGCACCAAAGUAUAUAUAAUGAGAAUGCUAGGAAAAGAAGAGAAAAGAAAGGUGCAAAUAGAAAUAGUGCAAGAGGGCUGGCAAAAUGACAAGAUAGCUUAGUAGGUAAAGGGCUCUUGUCACUAAGCCUGAUGACCUGAGUUUAAUUGCUAGGGACCCACGUGGUAGAAGGAGAUGAUUGACUCCACCAAAUUGUCUCUGACCUCCACACUCACACUAUGGCAAGCAAAUGCCCACACACAUACACACACACACAAAUAAAUGUCAAAAAAUACUCCAAGAAAUAAUGGCUACAAAUAUUUCCAAUUCAGUGAGAAAGAUAAUUCUAAAUAUUGCAAAACCUCUUCAAACCCCAGCCUCAUUUUUGUAAAAUUCUGAAGUUCAGAAACAGAGAAAAUCAUGAAAAUAACCCAAGAAACUAUCAUUUAUGAGGAAACUCUGAUCAGAUUAACAACUAACUUGUCCUCAGAAAUGGUGUAGUAGCCUGGGCACAUGCCUGUAAUUUCAGCUACUCAGGAAGCUGAGACAGGAGGAUCAGUUGAACCCAGAAAUUCAAAGCAAGCUUGUGUAAAACAAUGAAACUCUGUCUCAUACCAAAUGUAAGAAACAAAAGUAUCAUAAAUAUGAGGAGGUGGCAGUGAAAUAGUAUACCCAAAGUACUCAAAUAAAACUGUUACUUUGUAUUCUAUAUAUAAAAUCCCUAUUUUUCAAAAAAUGACAAUAAAACAUUUCCCAUUUUUUUUAAUCUGGAGAAUUUGUCGGCAGUAGAUGUCACAAGAAAUACAAAGGAACUCUGUCACAUUGAAGGCAAGUGAGCUCAGAGUAAUUUAAAUCUACACCUAAAACACAGACAAAAGCAGUUAUGUAAUUAUAUUUUAAAAAACAAGUUUUCCUUUCAUCUAUUGACUAAUUUUUAAAAGUUGUAGAAGUUCUAUAUAGUUGUAUUGUUUGGCCUAUAUAUUGAUAAAUAUCAAUAUAUUUGCCAAUAACAGGACAAAGAAGAUAGGAAAUAUUGCUAUAUUGUGCUUAAAGAAUUAGAAUAAAUCCAAUGGAACAAAUAAAGAAAACUAGGGAGGAGAAAUAUGAUGGUUAAUUUUAAAACCUGUAAGCAGAUAAUUCUUUCAAUUUCUUUAGAAAGCAUAGGAUUAUAGUAAGUGGUCAUUAUAAUGUAUUAUUGGCUUUAUAAUAUGUAGAAAAAGUAUGUAUGGAGAAAAGGAAACAAAAAUAUUACCAGAGAUAAACAUGUAUAUUUUGUGUUAAAAGGAUCAAUCUUCCAAAAUGUAACAAUUUUAAUCAUGUAUGUCUGUUUAAAAGUUGGAAUAUUCAAUAUACCAUUUCCAAUAAUAGAAGUACUAUGCUGAUGGUAAACAAGGAAAUAGAAGCCUUCAACUAUAUAAGCCAAAUAGAUCUUCAAGAUAUUCAACUCAAUAACAAACUAUGUGCUGUAGUUUGUUUUGAUCCAAUGCAUAUGAAACAUUUUUAGGCUAGAUCAUAAGGUAAACUAUAGAGCAAGCCUUAAUAAAUAUGUGUAGAUUGAAGUCAUGUAAAAUAUGUUCUCUAACCACAUAAAAUGAAGUUGGAACACAGUAACAAAAAUUGGGAAACUCACUAACGUGGAGGACUCCUACUUUUUUGUACCCCCUCUUUUUUCUUCAAUAUUUUGUGAUUUUCAUACACUAUAAUUUGAUGAUAUUUAGAUCCACUCCCAUCUGCUCAUGUGCACGUGCAUACUCACAGACUCUUUCCUUCCUAGCAGCCAUCCAUUGCCAAAAGUUCCUUCGGUUGGGUUGAGUUUUCUUAGCCUCUUCCCCGUGUCUAUGCUGGAAUUUUGUGUGGCUUGCCCUUAUGUGGGACUUAUACGUGCUGUCAGUUCAUGUGGGUAGCUGACCAGCUGUCUGGAAAACUGUAUCCUUGUGGUCAUUCAUCACCUCUGGCUCUCACAGUCUUUCCACCUCCUUUUCCACAAUGAUUCCUGAGCUUUGGGAGGCAGAGGUUUGAAA